GCCGCGACCACUGCGCAGCUCGACGUCACGGACUCAAUAAUGUCGACCUACGACAACCUACGAAAGCAAUGUCGAACGCUCGAAUCUCUCCUAGACGCAAAACUCACCUCCUAUUCACGACUAGCCGCAAAUGCUGAGCAUGAAGACCUCGAAGCCAGCGGCUCGAGUAGUAGGUGGAGCGAUUUAGAAGAGGAGGUUGACGGAUUACUUGAGAAGCUUAGAGAGACGAAUGACCAACUAGGAGCGUUAUUGAACGAUGCUGCCUCUCCCCCUUCGCAGUCCAUGGUUUGGGCCAUUAAACGACAUAGAGAAGUCUUGAAUGACUACGAGAGGGAUAGUGCUCGGACGAAGACGAAUGUCAAAGCAGCGCUAGACCGAGCGAACUUGCUGUCCGGCGUACGAAAUGACAUUGAUGCCUAUAAGUCAUCGGCGGCAGAAUCAUUAUUGACAGAGCGAGGACACAUUGACAAUUCGCAUCAAAUGGCAGACGACAUUCUAAGCCAAGCAUACGAGACUCGUGCAGAGAUCAGUAGCCAAGGCAGGAGUUUAGGCGGGAUUAGCACACGAAUGACGGGAGUGCUCAGUACGAUGCCAGGGAUCAAUAACCUUCUUGCGAUGAUCAAGUCGCGAAGGCGAAGAGAUUCCAUUAUCCUUGGCUGCGUUAUUGGAUUUUGUGUUCUUUUUAUCGUAAACUAUUUGUUCCGCUAGGACACUAUUUUAUUUUACAUUCCAUCAUUGAUAUAAUUACAUAUUGC